AUGAAGAAUGAAUACGAAGCACAGGAAACGAAUCUUCUCUCACUUGGUUAUUUAGUAUAUCGAUUGGGAAAAUUUGAUAUGGCUGAAAAGUAUUAUCGUCGAUUGCUAAGCGAACUUCCAUCGGAUGAUCAUUCUCUGAGUACAUUACAUCAUAAUCUCGGUAUGGUUGCCAACAUGCAAAGUGAUUAUAACACGAGUCUCGAAUGGUAUCAGAAAUCACUCGAAAUUCUUGUAAGAACUCGUUCAUCCGAUUAUGUACGACUGGGUAUCACACACAAUAGCAUUGGAAAUGUUCAUCGAAAUAAAGGUGAUCAUCGUCGAGCACUCGAGUCAUACAAUCGAGCUGUGUCAUUCUUCAAACGAGCACAUGAUGAGAAUCAUCCAAUUCUGGCUUCGUUUUACAAUAACAUUGGGAUCAUCUAUUACGAACAGAAGAAGUAUGUGGAAGCGCUCGACUUUUAUGAAAAGUCAUUUGCUAUUAGAAAAAAGCAUCUACCAACAGAUCAUCCGGAUUUUGGUGGAUCGUACAGCAAUAUUGGUAUUGUUCAUGGAUGUCUCGGUCAUUUUGAUCUUGCAUUAGAGUAUUACAAUAGAUCACUUGAAAUUAGCUUGAAAUCACUUCCUGCUCAACAUCCAAUCAUUGCAAUGACCUACAAAAACAUGGGUCUUGUAUAUGAAUACAAGGAUGAAUUGGAACAAGCAUCGACAUGGUUAUGGAAGGCCAUGACAAUCUAUCAAGCCACAGUGCCAGCUCAUCAUGUCAAUUUGGUUCAGAUAAAUGAAGAUAUUCAAAGAGUCGAAAAUAAAUUAAAAAAGUCAGAAGGUCAUAUAAAAGUAAAGACAAAGAAGUAG